AUGUGCGGGUGGACCUGUUACGGUGCGAUUCCGUGCCAACUGUUAAUGUCGCCGGUGUAUGCUUCUGCGCUAGGGGAACAGGUAGAGGCUCCAGGUUGGCUAAAACUUUUACUCCACUGCAAGAACCACUUGGAGAAUCCGUCUGUUUAG